AUGUCUGACCCAAUCAUCUUGCCCCUGGACACUCCAGGGCCAAUAACAGAUACUGCAUAUAACGAAAGCAUUGCGAAAGGCGCCAGGCUUUUGCGAAUGCUGGAAUCAAACGACCACGAUGCCGGACAGCUGAUGAACCCAGCACGCCCCACCGCCCAGAGCGAAUUCACUUCGAGGCAAGCCCUAGCUAACUAUGGCUACACAGAUGUCUCAUGGCCGUCCGUCCUCGAUAGAAAAGCACUCCAGUCACUGAAAGCCGCUCUCGAGGGGAUCGGCGUAAACACAGAGUUGAUUUGCGAUGGAGGCACGAACGUAGUCAUUGUGCACCGGCACGAACAUGGUAUCGAGUAUUUGAACGACGCGGCGAGUUUCCAACAAAUCUGUAACCCGGAUCAGGGCGUUUUGAUUGCGAAUGUCAAUACUUCUGCCAGUGCAAUUGCUCGUAGUUGCCCUGAGUUGACUAUUCCGUCUCUACAUCACUGGUCGGACGUUGCAUAUAUGCAGUGGCUCGAAGCCUGUGACCAGACCGCUUCCGAGCCGGAUUCGAUCAGAUACGUCUUCCGCCUCAGGGUUAUGAAUCCAACAACGACUGCCGUAGUCCAGAGGGUGAUGGCUAAUCGCGGUCAUGGCACUUUCACAUCCUAUCCUGGCGAAACUUUCGAUAUUGACAGCGAAGAAGGCAAAGCGAUCCUGGGGACGCCGAACGGAGUUGGUGUGGCGUGGCUGUUGAUUCAGAGGAAACGAGAGCUGGGACAUGAAACGAUCAAGGAUGUCACGGUCUUCUGGGCGGAGUAUGAGGGGAAGAGUCCUGGUGAUUACCCAAGCCUGCUGUUUCGUAUCGACUAG